GACACUGUCAGGACAAACAGUUUGUGCUGCACAGAGUAAAGAGUAAAGACCACUGCACAUAAAUCACUGUUUCUAGAGUUAUGGUAAAGAAGUGGCAAUUAUGAUGAAUUCUGAAAACCAAGGAAAGGUGACAUACAAUGAAUUAGAGCCUCAAGAGGAUUUCACCGGAGAUGUUCACCCUAUAUUUUCAAAGAAGACCAAGUUUGCUGUCAGAGAUGAACUGAGCUCUAGGCCUUAUCGACUGGCAGCUAUAGUUCUGGGGGUCCUAAGUGCUGUGUUUCUCUUGCUUGUAAUAGGACUAAGUGUUCACAUUAACAGGGUGAGUGACAAGCAUGACAUCUUGUCUCUCAACUCGUCAAUAAUCAGCUCUCAACUUGCUCAGCUGCAGUCAGACCACAGAAGCCUGACUGAGUCCAAAAAUGCACUUCAGAACCAGCAUGAUGAAGACGUAAAAAUGAUCAAAUCCCUGCAGACGAAUUUGGGCAGAGAGACAAGACUGAAGAAUGAGUUAAACUCACAAAAACAAAAAUUGGAAGAAGACAAAAGAAAAAUACAAUCUCAAAUUUCAAAUCUUGAAGGAAACUGUGGCAAGUGCUUGCCCAACUGGGUGCUGAUGAACAGCACAUGUUUUUACUUUGCUGUUUCUUCAACGACUCCACGCAAAGGCUGGAACGGAGGCAGGGAUGAGUGCAAGAAAAAAGGAGCUGACUUAGUCAUCAUAGAUUCAAAGGAGAAACAGGAGUUCAUCGUAGACAGCUUAAAAGCACUUCGCUACAACCUACACUUCAGUUAUUAUAAUGGAUUUUGGAUCGGACUGAAGGAUGACCAUACAGAAGGGAUCUGGAAAUGGCUGAAUGACACCACACUGACACAAGGGUACUGGAUGGAUGGGGAGCCAAAUGAUGACAUCGGCAUAGAGGAUUGUGCAGCUGUGUAUCCCACCAAUAAUCCAAUGAAGGCCUGGAAUGAUGCUCCAUGUUCACACCCGCUAAAAUGGAUCUGUGAGAAGGAAAUAGAUAAAACACUCUAGAAUCCUUAAUUAAUCAUGACUAGCUUGUUUUUAAUUGAUCAAAGAUGAAAAAAUAUCCUAAUUUAAUUUAAGUAAGCACUUCCUUCCCUCACUCACUUACUCAUUCAUUCACUCUCUCUCUCUCUCUCUCACACACACACACACACACAUUGACCUCUGUGACAUUUGAGUAAACUAGGACUUUGCGCUUUUAGGAAUUAGAUGGUACACAGCUACAUUGUAUACUCUACUUGACAAGAAAAUUAGGGGCAAAAAUUCACAGAGCAAUAGUAAGUAAUAAUAAUUACUUUAAUUUAAUUCAAUGAAUAUAAUAAAUCUAAAAAUAAACAAAGGAGUACCUAAAGUUUGGAGAGAAAUACGUCAUUUUGGCAUGCACAAGUCUGAUAUGUAAAAGACUUUAGGAAAAAGUACGUCUCAGAUUUGAUUUUACUUCAGAUACUUUUAUUCCGGCUACACAUACGUUAAUAGACUGCAUGCAAUCAUCGUGCACCGUUACCCACUGAAGGGCAGAGCAGUCAGUAGGACUAUGUAGGACUAAAAGUGAUGCUGACUAACUAACUGAUGUUUAACUGAUGACUAACUGAUGUUAUUUUUUUUUUCUUAAUGUCGCUGAGUAGUUAGCAAGCUGCUAUGACUUUGUACAAACUUUGAAGCAAAUUGAGAAUACAAAUUUCCAAGGAAAUUAUCUUCAAUCUAUUAGCUUGUGCUUGUUGGCAAUAGAUGUUCUUAUUAAAAAAUCUGCUCUCUUC